GUCGCAUAAAGUAACUUCUCUCUCAUCCAAAGAUAAAAUUGUAGAAACUUUCUUUUUACAUAUUCCUCUAAAAUUCCUCUCCGUCAGUAAAAUGCGUGAGUGUAUCUCCAUCCAUGUGGGCCAGGCUGGUGUCCAGAUUGGCAAUGCCUGCUGGGAGCUCUAUUGUCUGGAGCAUGGGAUCCAGCCAGAUGGUCAGAUGCCCAGUGACAAGACCAUCGGAGGAGGAGACGACUCCUUCAACACCUUCUUCAGUGAGACUGGAGCUGGCAAGCACGUCCCCAGGGCUGUGUUUGUGGAUCUGGAGCCCACUGUCAUUGAUGAGGUGCGAACUGGAACUUACCGCCAGCUCUUCCAUCCUGAGCAGCUGAUCACUGGGAAGGAGGAUGCAGCCAACAACUACGCCCGUGGGCAUUACACCAUCGGCAAAGAGAUCAUAGACUUGGUUUUGGACAGGACUCGCAAACUGGCUGACCAGUGCACUGGCCUCCAGGGCUUCCUGGUCUUCCACAGCUUUGGAGGUGGCACCGGUUCUGGUUUCACCUCCCUGUUGAUGGAACGCCUGUCUGUUGACUAUGGCAAGAAGUCCAAGCUUGAGUUCUCCAUCUACCCAGCUCCCCAGGUGUCCACAGCUGUUGUUGAGCCCUACAACGCCAUCCUGACCACCCACACCACCCUGGAGCAUUCAGACUGUGCUUUCAUGGUAGACAAUGAGGCUAUCUAUGACAUCUGCCGUAGGAACCUCGAUAUCGAGCGUCCCACCUACACUAAUCUUAACAGGUUGAUCAGCCAGAUUGUGUCCUCCAUCACUGCUUCCCUCCGAUUCGAUGGUGCCCUCAAUGUUGAUCUGACAGAGUUCCAGACCAACUUGGUGCCCUAUCCCCGUAUCCACUUCCCCCUGGCCACCUAUGCCCCAGUGAUCUCAGCAGAGAGGGCUUACCAUGAGCAGCUCUCUGUGUCUGAGAUCACCAACGCUUGCUUUGAGCCAUGUAAUCAGAUGGUGAAAUGUGACCCACGUCACGGCAAGUACAUGGCCUGCUGUCUGCUGUACCGUGGUGACGUUGUGCCCAAAGAUGUUAACGCUGCCAUUGCCACCAUCAAAACAAAACGCUCCAUCCAGUUUGUAGACUGGUGCCCAACUGGUUUCAAGGUUGGUAUCAAYUACCAGCCCCCAACUGUGGUACCUGGUGGAGAUCUGGCCAAGGUCCAGAGGGCAGUGUGCAUGCUUAGCAACACCACUGCAGUGGCUGAGGCUUGGGCCCGCCUUGACCACAAGUUUGACCUGAUGUAUGCCAAGCGUGCUUUCGUGCACUGGUACGUAGGUGAGGGUAUGGAGGAGGGAGAGUUCUCUGAGGCCAGGGAAGACAUGGCUGCCCUGGAGAAAGAUUAUGAGGAGGUGGGUGUCGACUCCAUUGAGGGAGAGGGAGAGGAGGAGGGAGAGGAGUAUUAAAUACCCUGCCAAAUUCACACAUUCCUAUGUGACCCAGAGCUGAGAAUGACUGAAUUGUUUCCACUACACUCUUAGAAAAAGGGUUCACCUUAGUCAUAUCACUAGUAUGCUUAUCACUGGUCAGAAGUUUACAUGGCUCAGCUUUCCUUAUUAGCGUUGGAAAUGGCUAGCAAACACUGUCACACAUCAUAGAUAUUCAUGCAUUCCAUUGGCACCGAAAGUUGUUAAUGAAAUUUGCUGUGGUUGUGUUCAGGGAAUGUCAUUGUGUUGCAAUGGUUUUACUUUUUACGGUUUUAUGUUAUUUUACACUGCAGCGGUCUGUCCUCUUUUGUCUGUUAUAUGCAAUAAAUUACUGGAGGAGUUUU